UAGGUUCGAACACGAAUUGUGUAGGCGAUAGUCGUGAUUUGUGACUUAUCGAUAAUAAUAAAUAUUUAUAAAUAUAAUACAUGCAAUAAAGUGUUAUUCGAUGCCAUAAUUGCCGCAACUACCGUUCAGCAAGAGUGCAUCGUUUUUCCGAGCUGGGCAUGCUAGACAUGAUCUCAGCCGCAUUUCAAAUACCUAUCAAUUACUUUUUUCGUGCAAAGCAAUUACUAACAGAGGACAAUGAAAUUUGUAAUUUUGGUAUUAACUGUUGUUUUUAUCGUGGAUAUUAUCGCAACGGAGAUAUCACCGUCGUUGCAGUUAGUGAAAAUGGUCAAGUUUAACAAUGGUCAACAAUACCCGAUCUUGGGUCUGGGCACGUGGCAGACUACUUCUGACUUACAAGGAUAUAAUCAGACAGAAAUAUAUAAAGCCAUUAAAAGUGGAAUCGAUAUAGGAUAUCGUCAUUUUGAUUGUGCUGCUCAUUACAAUAAUGAAAAAUUUGUAGGUAUGGCUAUAAAUGAAAAAAUAAAGGAAGGAGUUAUAACAAGAGAAGAAAUAUUUAUCACUGAUAAGCUUAUGAACGAUAAACAUAAUCCUGAAGAAGUAGUAGAUGCAUUGAAGGAUAGUUUAAAACUUUUAGGUUUGGAUUACUUAGAUUUGUACCUUAUACAUUGGCCAAUGUCGGCUAUUGAAAUUCCAGUUGCUAAUGAAAACCAAAUUCGCUACAUUGAAGGUAAUUAUUCUUAUUUAGACACAUGGAAAUCUAUGGAACGAUGUGUUCAGUUAGGGCUUACCAAAUCAAUAGGAAUUUCAAAUUUUAAUAUGAAACAAGUUAAAGAUAUUUUAGGAAUUGCGACUAUUAUACCAGUGGUAAAUCAGGUAGAAAAUCAUCCAUAUCUCACUCAAAAUAAACUUAAAGAAUUUUGCGAGACUAAUGGAAUAUUAUUGACGGCUUAUGGACCCUUAGGAUUACCUUACAUAUUUACAAAAUCUUUACCUUAUACAAAUAAAACGAUUAAGAAAGCUGUUCUAUUAGACGAUCCUAUUGUAAAGAAAAUAGCUGCUAAGUAUAAAAAAACUAGUGCUCAAAUAUUAAUAAGAUUUCAGAUUCAAAGAGCUGUUUUAGUUAUUCCAAAGUCAUCUAAUCCAGUAAGGCAAAAAGAAAAUUUUGAAGUUUGGGAUUUUGCAAUCGGCACGGAAGAAAUGAAUUUACUUGAAUUAUUAAACCAAAAUUUACGAUAUAUUUCUAACGAACAAGCACGACACUUGAAAGACUAUCCGUUCAAUGAGAAACUAUGAAGGUUUAUGAUGACAAAUAAAAGUUGUAUUUGAUUAACAAUAUUAUGGUUUUUAUUAAUUGUUAUUAUACAAUGCAAUAUUGAAUUAUUAUAUUACGAUCAUGGUUGUAUAUUGGUAUAAUGAUCUGUAAAUUUAUCCAAACAGAAUAAUUGUUUUUAAGCUUUGUUCUCACAUAAAAAUAUAUUCAAAUAUUAUAUUA